GAGACUGAGGCAGAUCAGCACGUUCUUCUCUUUCUACCUCUGUGUGACUCAUUCACGGGUUAUUUAUAGCUAUCGUCGCCGUUUCGGUCCGAGCUUUCAGCAAUAGUAGUGAGAAUGGAGACGGCGGAGCGCUGGAAGAUGUAUUUGUGUCUUUUUGUUGCGGUUAUUUUCACUUCUCUCGAAAAUUCUACUGAAGAGCCAUUUGGUUCAACGGAAAGGGCACCGAGCAAUACCACACCUUUGUUUAAUCUGCUAUCAAGUACAAAGGGAUUAGUUAAACCGACAGAACAUACAGCCAGUAGUAAUAUAAGCUAUGAUACCAACCUGGAUGUAAUGGGUCAUUCUUCUGCACCAAGCCUGAAAAAUGGAACUGGUUUUAUUACUCCAAUGGAAAAUUCAACUGUUGGUGCUUUAACUCAAAAUGCAGAGAUGAGCGAACUCACCCAAAAAAAUGAAAUGGCUACUAGUGUUACAAAUGGAGCCCCUCUGGCAAGAAGCAAAACACAAAUCAGAAUUAGCAAACCGACUGUGGGUCCUACAAGCACCAGUAGCCUCAAUACAGAUACAGUGAAUGUCACUGUAGGUCCAAGUGUGACUGAGAGUCAUGGUCAGGUUGUGAAAGCUGUAUCCUCCGUUGCGGUGACAAGCAUCCCACAGCAAAUGGGGACGACCAGGAAAAUGGAUGCAACUGUUCAAGGAUCUGGGUAUGAGACAACAAUUGAGUCAAAGAAGAUGUCUCCUACAACACCUACAGAGCACGAGGGAUCGAAAGAAUUGGCCAAUGACACUACGGCAGAAUCUGAAACUCCGCAAGUGCUAUCAACUUUGCAGGAAUCCAAGACCACGCCAACUACAGUGACAUCCAGUACCCCUGUUGGGACUUCCACCACCACAGGAACUACGCCCACCAGCCGACCUAGCACCACCCAAGCCAUAGGAAUUGUCACAAGUCAGACAAUCAUCAACAAAACAACCAAGUUGUUUUCUACACAGCGGAAUGAGGACAGUAUGGCCAAUGGCAAAAAGAUGGUGAAUGGGAAGCCAGCUUCUAAUCUAAACAAAAUGGAUCCCCUGGUUAUAGGAAUGAUUACAGUUUUCUUCAUAAUAAUUGGAAUUGUUUCACUUCUUGGAUAUCUGAAGUAUCGGCAACGAAUCAACCAACCUGAAUUUAGGCGCCUUCAUGAGCUCCCAAUGGAUGACAUGAUGGAAGAAGACACACCAUUGUCCCUCUACAGCUACUAACAAUCUGCUGUCAAAACAGGAUCUCAUCAACAGUGCAACUUUUGUGUUUUGAAGUAUUGUUGGCUGGGACAUUGAGGACUGUAACAUUUUUAGUGUGAGCUAAACUUGCAUUCAAACGUAUCUUUUUGUUUUCUUUAACUUGUGGCUCAGCUGGGGUUGAACAUUGGUCAAAAUUGAUAUUAUCCUCUCCCCGAGGUAUUUCAUUUGCUAUCCAUAGAAUUUUAAACAUUAUUCUAUUUAUUCAAACACACUUAAAUCAACUGGCAAAUUUUUAACUUAUUAGUAGACCAAAAAAUGAGAACCUUUCUCUCUGCACCAAACACAUCUUGAAUAAGGUAUUGUAGAUGUUCAAACAUAAACCAAAGGAGCUAGCAUCCAACAUUCCUCUUGACAGGUAUUACUGUUAGUUUCUGAUGUCCUAAGCAUAUACUAUGAUUCCUUGAAUCAAUAUCGAUAGGUUUCAGAAUGUGCAGUAUUUAUGGAAUUAGUAAAUGGAUGGAAUGUUUUGAGUUCCAAUAGUCCCGUUUUUUUUUUCGCAUGCUAUGGUAGUGUAGUGAUUAACAUGAUGUUAAUGCAGCUCGGUGUCGAAGAUUGGAGUUCAAAUCUGGCAUUCUCUGUUAGAAAGCCAUAUGCGCAAGUCCUCUGUUUCCGCCCAGAGUCCAAAGACGUACCAGGUAGUAGGUUGAUUGGUGAUUGUAAGUUGCCCUGUGAUUAGGAUAGGGUUAAAUUGGUGUGUUGCUGGGCAGCACGGCUUGGUGGGCCGAACAGCCUGUUCCAUGCUGUAUCUCUAAAGGAAAAUAAAAUAAAUGCUGGGAAUGAUGAUUGUCUGAAUUUAUUAGAAUCCAAGCCUUUUGAUUAUUAAAUUCUAAACUUGAAAAUGGGUAUCUGACUUCUAGAUUGCCAUUACAACUGAGAAACACAGCAUGCUGGAUGCUGAUUACAGACAGACCAUGGAAUUGGCACCAUGUGGCCCACACCUUGGCUAGGUUUGCUUCUAUCCCAUGAUUGGUGAUCCUGUUGUAGGCUUCCCAGUAGUUUGUGGGGAAUUUUUAGGACAACUCCAAUUUAAAAAAAAAAUGGCAACUCCGAUUUUCAAAACAAGUGCUGUGAGUCUGUAGGGUAUGAAGAAUGUUGUGGAGGUUUUGUUUGCUGAUCAACUAUGGAACACAACUUCCCCCUUCCAUCCACUCCAUAUCCAGUCAUAGAGCCAGAUCUAUUACACUGUUGAAGACUGAUCUUGCUGUGUAUCAUCACAGUGCAGUACUCAUAAGGAUAGGUCUGUUACCGUACAACAUUAGGGUGGAAUGGUGGGGAUGGGUUUUUUUUGUAACAGUACAAUAUUGGGGAUGGUAUAGUUAUCGUUUUAACAUGGUACAGUGGUAGACAGGUCUGUUACAACACUAGGGUACAGUACAAGUGGGCAAGUCUGCUACUGUAUACCAGGAUGCAGUGUUGUGGGUAGCUAAUACAGUAUUAUAUACUACAGUACUGAUGGACGCAGGUUUAAUUGUCUUAACGGUAUAAUACUGGUGGGAAUGUCUCUUACUGUAUAACAUUAGUGUAGAGUGCUAUGUUCAAAGUAGAUUUAUUAUCAAAGUACGUCACCAUAUACAACCUUAGUUUGUUUUCUUGCGGGCAUUCACAGUCAAUCCAAGAACAUAAGAUGAAAAGUCCUUGAGAAUGAGUCCACAGGUUCUUCCCUCUGUUUCAAGAGCCUGAUGGUGUGAGUCCUGAGGCUCCUGUACAUUCUUUCUGACGGCAGCAGCAAGAACAGAGCAUUGCCUGGGUGGGGGGGGAGGGGUCUGCGAUGGAUGCAGCUUUCUUGCAACAGUGCUCAAUGGUGGGGAAGGCUUCACCUGUGAUGGACUGGGCAGUAUCCAUUACUUUUGUAGGAUAUUCCUUUUGAGGGUGUUGGUGUUUCCAUACCAGGCUGUGAUGCAACCAGUCAACAUACUCUCCAUCACUCAUCUAUCAAAGUUUGUUAAAGUUUUAGAUAGCAUGCCAAAUCUUCGCAAAUUUCUAAGGAAGUGGAGGUGCUGCCGUGCUUUCUUAAUAAUGGCACUUGCGUGCUGAGCUCACGACAGAUCCUCUGAAAUGGUAACAUUGGAGAAUUUAAAAUUGCUGACACUUUCCUAUGUGGAUGGGUUUUUCUCUCCCCCCCCCCCUCCCCCCGGUACUAACUGCAGUUUCAAUAAGCUUUCUGCAGUAGCUGGUCCAAACCCAUUGGGAUGUAAGUUAAUCUUGAAUUAUCAUUGCUAUAUUGGCCUCCCUGUUGGAUUUCAUUGACAGACAUGGCAAGCACAGGAACCUGAAGUUCAAUUGUCAUUGAGGGUGGACAGGAAAAAAAUGUGCCUGCUUCCUGAUUCAUGGAGGGGAAAUGUCUGCUUUCUGACAAAGGUGUGAACAGCUUGCUUUUAUGUUAAAAAAAAAUAUUUUUGAGUGACUUUGGAAAAAGUAAAUAAUUUCUCCUAAAUGGGUGUGAGAAGUGAUUUGUAUAGUAAACUUUUUCCUCCCUGCAAAAGUAGAACACUGCAUUUCCGUCUCCUUUUAGAGUGGGCCAGUAGUCGUGUUCCCAGCUCGAGCCUUCGGGUAGCCACUCUGUUGCUGGAGCCCAGGACAGGAUGGAAGUUUUGAGCUGUUUAGGCGGUAUUUCUUUUCUGUCUGUCUGUCUGUCUCUCUGUAUCAACAUUAUUGAAGAUACUUAUUUUAUGAGCAGACUAUUUCUUAAUUGUGCAUUCUGUUAGGAUUUUGGAGAGUUUUUUACUUUUGACUCCUGGGCUUUUGAUAAUAUCAUCACAUACAGGCUUUGCAACACAAUUUACUAAAUCACCCCAAUUUUAAUAGCAACUAGUGUGAAAUGGGACCAGUGGUAUAAAUUGUAUUGAAGAGUCAAUGUUCCCCUAUUUGCUGUAGCUGAAAUAUUUUUAGAUUGUGCUUAAGUCAUUGUCCAGAUUCAGCAAAGUGAACAAUUUAAUUAUACUUGUAUUGAGCUACGAAGAUUUUUUUCUUCUGUUACUGCAAAAGACAUAUUGUGAAGAACAUUCUCUUAGAUUGAAAUGCUACACGGACUGUUGAUUCAGUGAUGACAUAUAAUGCUGCAAUUCUGAAUGAGUAGUUUCCGUGGUGCAGUUUCUAUUUAAGAUCUUUGUGUAAGGGAAGUGACUUGAAAGCGUAUUCUAAAUUGUGUUAAUUUUGUUAGGCUCAGAUGUCUAACCUUUGUUGGGUCUUUGGAGGGUGGGAAGAACCAAGUGAUCAUUCUUGUUUAAUGUGGAACUGCUCAGUGCACAUUGAAUUUUUCAGGUUUGUUUUGAAUUGGUCUUGCUUGUUUCAGAAGAAUUUUCCUUCUGAAAUAUGAGUACUCGUGUUUGCAUCCUUUUAAAUACACAGUAUUAGUUUGCUUUUUUUUUUGUUGUCCUUGCACAGAUCAAUUGAAAUUGAACCUUAAGUAUUUGUGCACUGGCUACAAAAUUAAUUUCAGGCAGUUUUUUUAUUUAUGUGUGCAGGGUUAGCUUUAUGGCUGUGAUGGUAAUAACUUUUGUAGAUAAAGUAUUUACAUACAGUAGAUUUUAAAAUAUGCCACUUUUCCUUUAAUAAGUUAGUGAAUUGAGUAAUAAAAUAGUCAAACUGUUGUUCACAUGGAGGUGCUGAGAGUUAUCAUGGAGAUGGAUCAAGUGUUGAAAGGUUUGUAAAAGUUAGUCUUUCACUGCUUUGUUUCCAGUCUUUUUUGAGUGAAAUACUCACUGACUUCCUUUCAGCAUCCUUCUGCUUUACGGUAAUCUCAGUCGACAGCUGAUGGUGCUUAACACAUCUGAGCUCACUCCUGUGAGCCAACAGGAUGAAGGGAGCGAUACUGAUUUCCGUGAGCCUGUUGUGCCUUUGAGUAGGAUUGUGGUUGACUCGUAUCCCUCGCUUGCUUUAGCUGCUUUCUUUUCAAACUCGCUGGAAUUUUGGGGUAACGGCACCAAUCUGCAGAAACAUCCAUGGCCUGAUUUGGGCUGUACAUUCUGGACUUCCACAGGAAGAGGAGGAUGUCAUGUUGGACAGGUAUGAGAUUGGACAUGAAAAUGUCUCUUCUUUUCCUGCUGGUAUUUGUGUAAUUUAAAGCAGAAAGGACUUUUUAAUACCACCAGUUGAAACUUCCUCUGCACUUAACACAAUUGGAUUUGAGUAUUCUGCUGUUGAAAUGUAAGUUUUUUAAUAUUCCAAAUCCAUUGCUCUAAAUGCCAGUGGUGAUGUACUCUGCAAACCUUUGCAUUUUUGUCUGUAAGCAUCUAGUUGUAUCCUUCUGCUGUUUUGUCAAGAAGAGGCACUCUAUUGCCUAUUCUGCUAGCUGGUUGCAGUCAUCAGCUGAAGGGCUGAUGUAGUUUCUGCUUUUGCCAGUGUCAUGAGUGCUAGACUUGCUUUCACUGGGCUACUACCUUAAAUUACUUUUAAUGAGAAAGGGGAAGGAGGAAUUGCUAUUACUCCAUCAGACAUUUCAUUUUCAAACAGUAUUAUAUAAAAGCCUGAGCCUUGACUAUCGUGUUUUUGUUUAAAUCUUAGUGAAAUAUCAUUUUUGAAAUCUAAGGAGUUGGGUGGAACAUUAAAUACAUAAAAUGAAGUAUGUGGUUGCAACAGAAGCAAAAUGCUGGAGGAACUCAGCAGGUCAGGCAGCAUCUAUGGAAAUGAAUAAACAGUCAAUGUUUCAGGCAGAGACCCUUCUUUAGAACUGGAAGUGGGGGGGGGAGGGGAAGGAGGACAAGCUGGGAGGUUAUUGAUGGAAAAGGUGUAAAGGGCUGAAGGAUAAAUCUGAUGGGAGGAGGAGGAGCACUAGGGGAGGGGGGAGGGUUGAUGGGCAGCUGAGGAGAAGAGGUAAGAGGCCAGAGUGGGGAAUUGAAGGGGGGAGGGGAGAGAUUACUCUAAGUUAGAGAAAUCUAUGUUCAUGAUCAGGUUGGUGACUACCUAGAUGGAAAAAUGAGGUGUUGUUCCUUCAGCCUCAGAGUGGCCUCAUCGUGGCAGAAGACCAGGCCAUGGACUGACAUGUUGGAAUGGGGAUAGGAAUUAAAAUAGUUGGCUACUGGGAAAUCCUGCUUUUUGUGGAUGAAGUGGAGGUGUACAUCAAGGCCACUGGAUACUAUAAACAAACCCAACAGAUUCCCAGGUGAAGGAAUGUUCGGGGCCCUGAAAGGAGAUGAGGGAGGAAGUGAAUGGGCAGGUGUAGCAGUUCUGCCACUUGCAUGGGUAAGUGCCAGGAAGGAGUUUAUGGGAGAGAGCUGAAUGGACAAAGGGAACCAUGGAGGGAGUGAUCCCUGUGGAGAGUUCGGGGUUGGCGAUGUGGGAUGGUGGUGUGGGGAGAGGUAAAGAUGUAUUAGGUGGUAGAUGCUAUCUGGCUUGCUGAGGUCUUCUGGCACUUGUUUUGUUGUUCCCAAUUCCAAGAUUUCUAGUUUUCUUGUGUCUCCUGUUAAUUGCUAUGUUCCUGUAAUCAUUAUUCUGAAUGUAUUGCACAAAUGCCCCCUGGUGGACUUCUGUAUUCAUAGCAAUAGGGAAUAGAGAAAGGAUGGAAAUAUUUUCGUGCUGUUCUUUUGUUCAUUAAGCUGUAAAUAAAAUCAAAUUCACACAAAACUAAAUUAUUCCUUCUUUAAAUAUUAACACCUUAAAUUGAAUGAUAUUUUAAAAUUGUUCUGCAGCCUUCAAAGUUAGAUGUGUAUGAGCUGGGUAAAACUUGUUACUACUUCAAUGUCUCUCCAAUUUUAAAUCAUUGCCUCGUCUAACCAUCAACUGAAACAUAAUAAUCCUGCUAAAAAGAUAAAUUUAUCAAAGUAACAUAUACAGAAAGCUAGAAAAAUUAUGUUAGAUUUUGAAUGAACAGGCUUUUAGCAUUUUCCUAGAAUUCGCAAGACAUGUUUGCAAUCUUGGUAGUCUCCAGAUAAUCUUUUAAAUUUGAGGUUUUGUAAUUAGGGGAGAAAACGAAAGUGGGGAAGCUGAUGGGAAGACUUGAGAGAGAUAGUUGUUUAAGAGAUAAUAUUCUGAAGUACUAUUACCAAGUCUUUUGGGUUCAUCAUACAGUAAUGUCUGCAAUUUUGAAGGUAUUAAAUGCUAUGCCUACUCACAUCUAGAAUUAGACCAGCAAAAAGAGACUAUUCAAGUCCAUGAACCAAUGCAGAACAAGCCUGAUACUGCUUGUAUGAAAACCCAUAAAAGUACUGAAACUCUUCUAAGUUUUGCAACCUAUUGGAAGGAAGAACAUUGCUCAAAUAUUUCUGCGUUAAAGAAGAUGCUGAUUAAGAUAUAGAAAGUGAACAUCUAGCAAUAUUUACAUAGUAAGUUCUUAAGGCAAUGGUUCCUGGGGGCUCAACGACUGGCCAUGGAUUUGGGGUAGUAAAAGGAAAUUUCACACCAGAUUUUUGGAGGUAUUCUUCCAUGCUCUGCAUUUAGCCAUGGAAAUGUUUGCUAUGAAAGGUUUAUGGAGUCAUUGUUCUUAUAAUAGUUAACAUUCCGUAUUGACUGAUUUCAUUAUGGAAGAAACUGAACAAUUAGCUGCUAUAUCCCAAAGUAGUGGCUUAUGCAAACAUUUAGAUUUGUCUGUUUUGGAGAGAACACACUUUUUCCAAACCAUAUGACCAUGGGCUCGAGCACUCUGUAUCUGAAAAGAUGGUAACAACAUGUUUUUCAAAAAUGUUCAUCUUCCAUAAUAUACAGUGGCAUGCAAAAGUUUGGGCACCCCUAGUCAAAAUUUCUGUUACUGUGAAUAGCUAAGCGAGUAAAAGAUGACCUGAUUUCCAAAAGGCAAAGUUAAAGAUGACACAUUUCUUUAAUAUUUUAAGCAAGAUUACUUUAUUUCCAACUUUUACGGUUUCAAAAUAACAAAAAAGGGAAAGGGCUCGAAGCAAAAGUUUGGGCACCCUGCAUGGUCAGUACUUAGUAACACCCCCUUUGGCAAGUAUCACAGUUUGUAAACACUUUCUGUAGCCAGCUAAGAGUCUUUCAAUUCUUGUUUGGGGGAUUUUCACCCAUUCUUCCUUGCAAAAGGCUUCUAGUUCUGUGAGAUUCUUGGGCCGUCUUGCAUGCACUGCUCUUUUGAGGUCUAUCCAUAGAUUUUUGAUGAUGUUUAGGUCGGGGGACUGUGAGAGCCAUAUAACCAUAUAACAAUCACAGCACGGAAACAGGCCAUCUUGGCCCUCCUAGUCCGUGCCGAACCCUUAAUCUCACCUAGUCCCACCUACCCGCACUCAGCCCAUAACACUCCACUCCUUUCCUGUCCAUAUACCUAUCCAAUUUUACCUUAAGUGACACAACUGAACUGGCCUCUACUACUUCUACAGGAAGCUCAUUCCACACAGCUAUCACUCUUUGAGUAAAGAAAUACCCCCUCGUGUUUCCCUUAAACUUUUGCCCCCUAACUCUCAAAUCAUGUCCUCUAGUUUGAAUCUCCCCUCCUCUCAAUGGAAACAGCCUGUUCACGUCAACUCUAUCUAUCCCUCUCAAAAUUUUAAAUACCUCGAUCAAAUCCCCCCUCAACCUUCUACGCUCCAAUGAAUAGAGACCUAACUUGUUCACCCUUUCUCUGUAACUUAAUUGCUGAAACCCAGGUAACAUCCUAGUAAAUCGUCUCUGCACUCUCUCUAAUUUAUUGAUAUCUUUCCUAUAAUUCGGUGACCAGAACUGCACACAAUAUUCCAAAUUUGGCCUUACCAAUGCCUUGUACAACUUGUACAUGGCAAAACCUUCAGCUUGCGCCUCUUGAGGUAGUCCAUUGUGGAUUGAGGCGUGUAUAGGAUCAUUACCCUGCUGUAGAAGCCAUCCUCUUUAGAUCUUCAGCUUUUUUACAGGCAGUGUGAUGUUUGCUUCCAGAAUUUGCUGGUAUUUCAUCGAAUUAAUUCUUCCCUCUACCAGUGAAAUGUUCCCCAUGCCACUGGCUACAACACAAGCCAAAAGCAUGUUCGAUCCAACCCUGUGCUUCACAGUUGGAGAGGUGUUCUUUUCAUGAAAUUCUGCACCCUUUUUUCUCCAAACAUACCUUUGCUCAUUGCGGCCAAAAUGUUCUAUUUUAACUUCAUCAGUCCACAGGACUUGUUUCCAAAAAGCAUCAGGCUUGUUUAGAUGUUCCUUUGCAAACUUCUGAUGCUGAAUGUUCUGGUGAGGACGCAGGAAAGGUUUUACAUCUGAUGACUCUUCCGUGAACGUCGUAUUUGUACAGGUGUCGCUGCACAGUAGAACAGUGCACCACCAUUCGAGGCUGCUAAAUCUUCCUGAAGGUCUUUUGCAGUCAAACGGGGGUUUUGAUUUGCCUUUCUAGCGAUCCUACAAGCAGUUCUCUGGGAAAGUUUUCUUGGUCUUCCAGACUGCAACUUGACCUCCACCAUUCCUGUUAACUGCCAUUUCUUAAUUAAAUUACGAACUGAGGAAACGGCUACCUGAAAACAGUUUGCUAUCUUCUUAUAGCCUUCUGCUUUGUGGGCAUCAUUUGUUUCAAUUUUCAGAGUGCUUGGCAGCUGCUUAUAGGAGCCCAUGGCUGCUGAUUGAUGUGACACGGUUUGAGGAGUCAGGGUAUUUAUAAAAUUUGCAUCAUCUGGCCUUUCCUAAUGAUGACUGUGAACAAGCCAUAGUCCUAAAAAGCUAAUUAAUGUCUGAGACCUUGGUAAAAGUUAUUUGAGAGCUCAAAUCUUGGGGUGCCCAAACUUUUGCAUGGAGAUCAGUUACUACUCUACUCACUUAACUAUUCACAGUAACAAAAAUUUUGACCGGGGUGCCCAAACUUUUGUAUGCCACUAUAUUAGUUCUUAAAAUUGUGGCAUUUACCCCUCUGAGAUCUCUCCAGUGGAGAAAAAACUGCAGUUUUAAAAAAAUAGUAUUUUAUGGAACCUUAACAUUUUUUUGGGAGAAAAAAUUGCUAGCCUCACAGAACUGCUCAAAAUGCUAAAAUGAUAAACCAAUCAGUGGUGUUAAAAUUGUCUUUAUGAUUUUACUUAAGUUAGUUCACGUUCUAAACUGUUGACCAUGUUUUGAUCUGCUCUUCAACUACCUUUUGUUACCAAUAUACUGUGUUUUUCCAUUCACCUUAAGUAUUCAACAGAUUAUAACAAGGGCUGAGCAAAAAUAACGUAAUAUUAACUAUGACAGACCAAUCUUUAAAUUGAAGAAAUCUUGCAAAACAUGUGCAUUUCAGUAUUACAGUUUAACUGGAUAAUGAUGAAAAAUGCAGUUUUUAAUAAGGAGAAAAAAUGGUUAUUGCUUUUGACUUGAGCAGGCAUCCUGUACAAUUAUUGAAGAAAAACUUCAGUUUGCUACAUGUUAGUUGAAAUUUAAGUUUUAGGAUACUUGUAUGUAGUAACAUAACAGUACUUUUAAGGUAACAGUAUGGCCUAGAUAUUUGCAUUUUAAGUUAUAUUUGGUUAUUAGGUAAAGAUUUAGGGCUCCAAGGGAAAAUUCCAAAAUAGUGCAAGGAAUUGUAAUGUGCAGAAUUGAAGCAGCAUGUAUCUCAUUGGUAGACUUUGCACCCCUACUGACAAUGUAUCAGCCUGUUGAUAUUGCUAAUUUGUCAUUUUUUGUGAAAUUUUACUUGUGAAGUGAGACUUAAAGAAAGUUGAUCAUUUACAAUCCUUGUGAUUUGCAUCUGAUUGUGUAAAAAGUAUACUUCUAAAUUUGAGUGGAAACAGUUGCACUAUUUGAAUUGUCUUCAAAUGAUCAAAGUUGUGCAGAAAACUGCUGCAAACAUGUGUAAUUUUAGUUUCCUAUGGAAUGUUUGUUUAUGGCAAGAAGUAGGAAAUGUUCUGAAUGUUAAUUUUAUACAAUUGUCUUUGUUUUCUUUUAUUAAAUUGAUUUUCCCUUCAA